AAUAACCCCUCAAUGCCAGCUCCACGCCAGCUCCACGCCAGCUGAUGGAUUUGUCGUUGCAUGUCAUCGCACAUGUCACUCGGCCUAGAACCAUGUUCUUCCCACGACCACCGCCUUGAAUCUGCGGCUGGAACUCCGUAAUUGCUAAGCCACAUGCCUGGAAGAGUGGGCUACAGAUACGAGGAGAGGGGUAUUUGCUAUUAGUCGACUACCAUGAUCGCCAUCUCUAGUUACAGAUAAAUACCGCAUGCUCCGCUAUAUCAACUAGACACAUCACUCAAAAUUCCACCACACUUAAGCAUAGAGUUGCAAUCCCCUUUCUCGUUUCCCCAAUUCUUACAGACUUUGAUCCCAAGACAAUCUCACAAUGGGCUUCUUGAACGAACUUAUCUCCGACUUCACCGGUCAGGGUGGACAAUCCCAGAACUCCGGCUCGCAGAAUCAAUCCUCUCAAGGCCCACCACCCGUGUCCCCGCCCUGGGUUGCGGAGUGGGAUGGUCGCGAUAACAGGUGGAUGUUCGUCAACCAGCAGACCGGGGAGCGUACGUACAACCACCCUGGUCAAGGGUAUGGACAACAACAACAAGGCAACUCCGGCUAUGGGCAGGGCGGAGGUUAUCAACAACAACAAGGCAACUCCGGUUAUGGGCAGGGCGGAGGUUAUCAACAAGGACAGCAAGAGCAGAAGCAGGGAGGAAACGCAUGGAAGUAUGCGGCUGGCGGCGCAGCAGGGCUUGCGGGCGGUGCUUUGCUGAUGCACGAGGGAGAGGAGAUGAAUGGCUGGGAUCGCGACGAGAACCGCAUAGCGAACGACUUUGAGAACGCACCUGAAAACGCGGCAAACUGGGCUGGCCAGGAAGUCGGGCGUGUGGACAACUUCGGAGACCGCGUCGAAAACAAGUGGGACAAUACCGUCAAUGACGUCGAGAAUUUCCCGGAAGAUGCGGCGCAAUGGACGGGCGAGAAGGUCCAGGCAGUGGAGGAUGUCCCACAGGACAUUGAGAACAAAUGGGAUAACGCGGCGAAUGAUGUGGAUCAGUUUGGUGACAGGAUGGACAAUUCGUAUGACCAGGGAAGGAACGAGCAGAGGUAUGAUGAUGAUAACAACAACAACGACUGGUGAGGCGGGGAAGAAGCGGGGAUGUAGAACCAACAGGUUGUAGCCAUCACGAACGAGAUCCUCAAUCGAAGUAUUGGUCGUUCCGAAGCUCUCUGAAAGAUCUAGGAUACAAUCACAAUUCUGUAUUCGCGUCUGAUCUCUGACCAUCACCUUUGCGACUUUUCGUUGCACCGUCC